UACGGAGGAGGCUGUCUUUAAAUACUGGGGGACAUCCCCUCUGCACCACCACUGCUGCAGAAACGCUGCACCGGGAGCAGGUACAUUCCAGUUCGUGUGUCCACCUUGUUAAAUUAAACUCUAAAGAUGUCCACCAAGGAGAAGCUGAUCACCCAUGUGAUGAAGGAAGAGCCUGUCGGCAGCAGGAACAAGGUGACGGUGGUGGGUGUCGGCAUGGUGGGCAUGGCCUCAGCCAUCAGCAUACUGCUCAAGGACUUGUGUGAUGAGCUGGCUCUGGUUGAUGUGAUGGAGGACAAGUUGAAGGGUGAGGCCUUGGACCUGCAGCAUGGAUCCCUCUUCCUCAAGACACACAAGAUUGUGGCUGACAAAGACUACAGUGUGACAGCCAACUCCAAGGUGGUGGUGGUGACUGCUGGUGCCCGCCAACAGGAGGGCGAGAGCCGUCUUAACUUGGUGCAGCGCAACGUCAACAUCUUUAAGUUUAUCAUCCCCAACAUUGUCAAGUACAGCCCCAACUGCAUCCUGAUGGUGGUUUCUAACCCAGUGGACAUCCUGACCUAUGUGGCUUGGAAGCUGAGUGGUUUCCCCCGUCACCGUGUCAUCGGCUCUGGCACCAACCUGGACUCUGCCCGUUUCCGCCACCUCAUGGGCGAGAAGCUCCACCUCCACCCUUCCAGCUGUCACGGCUGGAUCAUUGGAGAGCAUGGAGACUCCAGUGUGCCUGUAUGGAGUGGUGUGAACGUUGCUGGAGUUUCACUGCAAGCCCUCAACCCAAAUAUGGGGACUGAGGGUGACGGUGAGCAGUGGAAGCAGGUUCAUAAGACAGUGGUUGAUGGAGCCUAUGAGGUCAUCAAGCUGAAGGGCUACACCUCCUGGGCCAUUGGCAUGUCUGUGGCUGACCUGGUAGAAAGUAUCAUGAAGAACCUCCACAAAGUGCACCCUGUGUCCACGCUGGUCCAGGGCAUGCAUGGAGUGAAGGAUGAGGUUUUCCUGAGCGUCCCUUGUGUCCUGGGGAACAGCGGCCUAACCGAUGUCAUUCACAUGACACUGAAGGCUGAAGAGGAGAAGCAGCUGGUGAAGAGUGCUGAGACCCUGUGGGGUGUACAAAAGGAGCUCACCCUGUGAAGAAUGCUCCCCUGAAUUCUCCCAUCCAACCUGAAAACCACGCAAUACACUGGGUGGUUGACUCCCUCCUACCAUACCUCCUGUGUUCUUUAUGGCAACAGGCGAGUGAGACCUCUGAAUAUAUAAGUAGGUCAAGUGUUUGUAGUUAAAACUUCAGGUAUUCAAUCAUGGGUGUCAUUUUCCUUUGCCAUCUCCCACGUGUUGCCCCCUCUUCAUGAUUGAAUUCUCAUACAUACAAUAUGUGACUUUAGGAUUUGAGCUCGGCUUGUGUCCGAAAGAGAGAUUAGAUUUUAGAUAUUGCCCAUUAUUUGUUGUCCUGUUACGUCAACCAUCCUUUGCAUAGUGAGCAUAUUCUCUGUACUGUAUGUUACUGUGUACUGUUGUUGCCACUUCUAGACACUCCUUGUUGCUAGUUCAUAUUUAUUUCUGCGAUUGUUGCCAUUUAUUUCCACGUGGUAAUCUGUUUAUUUUUCAUUUGGAGUAUAAUGGAGACAUUCCAUUCUGUAUAUGAGGAGGGUUUACUAUCGCCCUAGAGUUGUAACAACACUGCUGCAGACAUCACUGGGGGGAAAAAAAAAAAAUCCUGUAAUACCUUGUAUUUGAGAAAAGUAAAGGCAUUGAAGUCUUUUUAAAUUUAAUCACAAGUGCACUGACAGAACAAUUGAAAAUAUGAGGUUCGUAGUACCGGCAAAGGUUAACAUCUGAGAGAAUUAAAGGGGUCACUACCAAGGUUCUUACCUUACUUUAACUUAGCAGAGAGAUAUCGGAGAGCCAGUGGGAGAGUCAGCUAGAAUCAGGCUAUAACAGAAGGUAACAAUCCUGACAAAAGUUCGUACACACCCUAAGUAUUUGUUUUGCUCUUUCUGGAAGAAAGGACAUCUACAGAAAAAAGAUAUUUAUAACUCUUAAGAUGUAUUAAUAUUAUAUUAGAUAUGGUCAAUCACUCACCAAGGAACUGUACCUGUCAUGAGAGCUGGAUAUCAAUAUUUAUUUGCCUUAACAUAAAAUAAAUCUGCCAGGAUAAUGA